UGAUUUAGCCGUUCAGGCAAAUAAUUUGAGAUGUGGUCUAGCAAAGCAUUAUCCACUUUAAUUUAAAAUCUAAUAAGGAAUUAAAUAUUGGUGUUCAGUGUAGAAUAAUCCAAUGCUGACCUGGCAUUUGCUGAACCUUGAAGUUAUAAAGUUUCCAAGUUCCAACAACCAUAUUUUUUGUCUUUGUUUCCUGUCUCUGUGUUGCUUAAAGGUAAAAAAUUUCCAAUACAAGAGCUUUGAAGAUCAGAAGAACAUAGCUCAAAGGAUAAUAUUCAUUAAUGGGAAAGAGCAGCAGUGUUCUUUUUUUGUAUUUUGUGAGUCUUUCUCUAUCUUUAUGGGUAAUUCAAGUGGCAAUUGCAGCAAGAGAAGGAUCUUUGUUGCAGAGCUAUGAGAAAGGGAGAUUUGGUUAUAGCAAAUCCUUUCAUACCAUUUUUGAUACUUCCAAAUAUGGGAUUUUUCAGCUCAACAAUGGAUUGGGUCGAGCUCCUCAGAUGGGAUGGAAUAGCUGGAAUUUCUUUGCUUGCAAUAUCAAUGAAACGGUCAUUAAGCAAACAGCUGAUGCACUCGUUUCAACUGGAUUGGCUGAUUUAGGUUAUGUGUAUAUCAACAUAGAUGAUUGCUGGUCUGCUUCAAUGCGAGAUGCAAAGGGUCAAUUGGUCCCUGAUCCAAAAACCUUUCCAUCGGGAAUCAAAGCUCUUGCUGAUUAUGUACAUGGGAAAGGCCUCAAGCUUGGUAUCUAUUCUGAUGCUGGGGUUUUUACAUGUCAAGUUCGACCAGGGUCACUUUACCAUGAGAAGGAUGACGCAGAACUGUUUGCUUCAUGGGGUGUGGAUUACCUAAAGUAUGACAACUGUUUCAAUCUGGGCAUUGAACCAAAGAAAAGGUACCCACCAAUGCGUGAUGCUCUGAAUGAGACUGGACGGACAAUUUUCUAUUCACUCUGUGAAUGGGGUGUUGAUGACCCUCCCUUAUGGGCUGGGAAAGUUGGAAAUAGUUGGCGUACAACAGAUGACAUCAAUGACACAUGGGCAAGCAUGACCACUAUAGCCGAUGUCAAUGAUAAGUGGGCUACAUAUGCGGGACCUGGUGGAUGGAAUGAUCCGGAUAUGUUGGAAGUUGGCAAUGGAGGCAUGACUUACCAGGAGUACCGUGCUCAUUUUAGCAUCUGGGCUUUGAUGAAGGCCCCUCUUUUGAUUGGUUGCGACGUAAGAAACAUGACAGCAGAAGCUUAUGAGAUUCUAACAAAUAAGGAAGUCAUUGCUAUAAACCAAGAUCCGCUUGGUGUUCAGGGAAGGAAAGUUCACACUGUUGGAUCUGAAGGUUGCCAACAGGUCUGGGCAGGUCCUUUGUCUGGACAUCGCUUGGCUGUUGCUCUCUGGAAUCGUUGUUCAAAAAAGGCAACAAUUACAGCUCCAUGGGAUGCGCUUGGGCUCAAAUCUGGCACCAGCGUGUCAGUGCGAGACUUAUGGCAGCACAAGGAUCUUACAGGAGAUGCAGUGGCAUCAUUCGAUGCUCGGGUCGAUGCUCAUGACUGUGCAAUGUACAUCUUUACUCCCAAGAUACUGCCAUAUUCUUCUGAGAUUUAGAUUAUCGUCCGUACAAGUUGGAGUGUGAUUCAAGUGCAUGGGGGGUGAUCCUACUCUUGCAUUCCAUAAGCUGCACAUUUCUGCAUUUUGAAGUCCCUUUGAAGAUGAGAAAAAAGGGUGUGAAUAUGUCAAAGCCUUGCAGUUGUUAUAUGCAAUAAAAAUUACAAUAGUAGAAGUAACACUAUAAUCUUGGCAAUCAAGUAAAUAACCACUUGGACUUGAAUUUCUAAGAUAUUUCUUUGGCAUGUAUAAAACUUAAAUUCCAGUGCUAUAUUCACCUUUUAAGUGAACCGCAACAAACUGACCUGAUUUACAUCUUUUAUCA